AGUCCUCCUCUCUCUUCCCGUCCGAUCAUUUUUUCUUUUCCACCGAGGGGCGUAGCGUGGAGCUUCCCCUCUUCCCCCUUCUUCCCCAACCCUAACCCUAGCCCUAAUUCGUGCCCUUAAUUCUCGCCGCGGAGGAGAUGGUGUUCUACAUGCUCUACUUCACGGCGGAGCUCGAGAACCUCACCGAUCUCCAACCUCGCGGAGGCUGCGACGACCCCAGCUUCACCUACAACUUCAAGGUCAAAUGCGAGAACUGCGGCGAGGUUAGCCAGAAGGCGACGUGGGUGACGCUCUCCGAAUCGGUCCCUCUCCCCACUGGUAGGGGGACCGCGAAUCUCGUUCAAAAGUGCAAAUUAUGUGGAAGGGACGGAACAAUUCAGAUGGUUCCUGGGCAUGGGCAGCCAUUGACUCUUGGGCAAAGUCAGUCAGGAGCAACUGCUGGUUUGAUGGUUUUUGACUGCAGGGGUUUUGAACCUGUUGAGUUUUCUUUUGAUGAUGGAUGGAAAGCUGAAUCCACGAGCGGCACUUGGUAUGACAUCGAUUUAUCCGAAGGUGAAUUUGUUGAAUAUGACGAGAAGGGAGAGUGCCCAGUUGGUGUGACCAAUCUCCAGUCACUGUUCAAAGUGGUGAAGAAGCAAGAGCGGGGUGGUGGUAAGACAGUAUAUGCCUGAUUUCAGUACUUCUUCAGACACUUUGAAAUUCGGGUGAUGUAUACAACAGCAGCUAAGUUGAUGUAAAUUUAAGACCUUUUACUGUUUUUAUGGCUCUACUAAGUUCACCUUCCUAUAAACUGCUGAUGACACCCUGGUGACAUCGUUUCUUUGUUGAUGAGCUGUUAUGCUAAUGAUUUUUUCAUUCUGAGAUGGUCUUCACACUAUUACCAUCUUCUUGGCUCGAAAA